UCUAAAGUAUGAAGAUAUGAAGAAGGAUAUCAGGGCUACUAUAAAGAAAAUUGCUCUGUUCCUAGAUAUUGAAGUCACCGAUGACGUCAUGCAAAUAAUUGUGGAAUAUUCUACAAUUAAGAAAAUGAAGGAAAACAAGUCAGUAAACCUUAUGGAAAAAAAAGUUGACAACCAAACUGUUAGCUUUGUCCGCAAAGGGAUCGUCGGUGACUGGGUAAAUCAUUUUACUGUGGCUCAGAACGCACAAUUCGAGAAGAUGUAUGAAAGCCGAAUGAAAGACUCGGGAUUAGUUUUUGAGUGGUAAACAACAACAACAACAACAACAACAACAAC